AUGUGCAUCAUAGGAUGUGGUUGGGUUUCCACGUACAUCAGAAAUAUCGAUCCCAAGCACUGGGCAAAUUCUUUCUUCGUAGGAUGUAGGUAUAGGACACACUCAUCAAGUAAUGCAAAACCAUUCAAUAAAUGGAUUCAUCAUGAAAGGGAUUUGCCUCCAGCUUCUCUUGUUGAUGAGCUCAAGGUAAAGAUUAUGAGGAUGAGUUCAGAAAAGCGUGAGCUUGGUAGAACUUAUCUAGAUAGUUUGACUCCCAUCUAUAAAUCUUUACUCAAGUCACAUGUCGAUAUAUGUCUUUCAUGGAAUGUUACCGAGUCAGGUAAUGAUAUAUAUGAGGUUCACUCUCCCAGCUCUCAUGAUGUUGAUCUGAUGCAGAUGACGUGUACUUGCCAGAGAUGGAAAGUGUUUGGCUUCCCUUGUGCACACGCCACUGCUGCUAUUACUAUGAAGGGUUCUGAGAUUUUGAAGUAUAUUCAACCUUACUUUGGUUCAAAUCAUUUUCUCAAUUCUUAUGCUCCUGCAAUUCGACCCAUUCCCAACUACGACAGGCUUGAAGUGUAUGAACCUGAAGAGAGAGUGCUUCCUGGUAUUCCAAGGCCACCUCCAGGAAGACCACCAAAGAAGCGUAUUCGCAGUGCCUAUGAGAAGGAGAGGAGGCCUAUGAAGUGCUCAAAUUGGAAGAAGAUUGGGAACCACGACAAAUCUACCUGUCGUGUAUUAAUGCUGGAGUAG